AUGCGUGAAAUUUGUCAUUUACAAGCUGGCCAAUGCGGAAAUCAAAUUGGUGCAAAGUUUUGGGAAGUCAUUUCCGACGAACACGGCAUUGAUCCAACCGGAUCAUAUCAUGGAGAUUCUGAUCUGCAAUUAGAACGAAUCAAUGUCUAUUAUACUGAAGCGCUUGGUGGUAAGUAUGUACCUCGAGCAAUUCUUGUGGAUUUGGAACCUGGUACCAUGGACUCAGUGAGAUCUGGUCCUUUUGGUCAAAUUUUCCGACCGGAUAACUUUGUUUUUGGACAAUCUGGAGCGGGCAAUAAUUGGGCCAAAGGACAUUAUACAGAAGGUGCAGAGCUAGUGGAUUCAGUUUUAGACGUAGUCAGGAAAGAAGCAGAAAGUUGCGAUUGCUUGCAAGGGUUCCAACUGACCCAUUCGUUAGGCGGAGGAACUGGUUCCGGGAUGGGCACACUUUUGAUAUCCAAAAUUCGUGAGGAAUAUCCGGACCGUAUUAUGACCACAUACAGUAUUGUUCCUUCACCCAAGGUAUCAGAUACCGUGGUGGAACCGUACAACACCACAUUAUCCGUGCACCAGCUUGUGGAGAACACCGACAAAACGUUUUGCAUCGACAACGAAGCGCUGUACGACAUAUGCUUCCGGACUCUAAAGCUCACCACACCCACGUACGGUGACUUGAACCACUUGGUGUCAGCGGCCAUGUGCGGCGUAACGACGUGCUUCCGGUUCCCCGGACAGCUCAAUUCCGAUCUCCGAAAACUGGCCGUCAACAUGGUGCCGUUCCCGCGUCUGCAUUUCUUCAUCACUGGGUUCGCACCGCUCACAUCCCGUGGCAGCCAGCAGUACCGUGCACUGACCGUCCCUGAACUGGUGCAGCAAAUGUUUGACGCUAAAAACAUGAUGGCUGCGUGCGACCCGCGCCACGGCCGGUACCUGACAGCCGCCAGCAUAUUCCGCGGCCGUAUGUCCAUGAAAGAGGUGGACGAGCAGAUGCUCAACGUGCAGACAAAGAACUCCAGCUACUUCGUCGAGUGGAUACCCAACAACACGAAAACCGCAGUGUGCGACAUACCACCCAGGGGCCUGAAGAUGUCGGCCACGUUCAUCGGCAACACAACAGCCAUACAGGAGAUGUUCAAGCGCGUGUCCGAGCAGUUCACGUCCAUGUUCCGGCGCAAGGCUUUCUUGCAUUGGUACACCGGCGAGGGCAUGGACGAGAUGGAGUUCACCGAGGCAGAGUCCAACAUGAACGACCUGGUGUCCGAAUAUCAACAGUACCAAGACGCGACCGUUGAUGAGGAAGGCGAAGGAGAUGACGACGAUGAGGACGCAGAUGCAUAA